ACAAAUAUUGGGACGAGGAAUCCUUAGCCAAUUGGAUUGUGCAAUGCAUAAAAUAAACGCAACUGGUGAGAAUAUGAGUAGCAGAUGCUCAUCUCCGUUUUCUUGAUCAAAAAGUCAAUAGCAGUUUCAAAAGUUCACCCAAGAAGAGUAGGAGAGAAGAAGCCACCCGUGGAACACUAAGCCAAACCCAACUUCAAACACCUGUUAAGCUUAUUCGGCUCUCUUUGAGUGUGUAUAAAGGAGGCAAUGGGAUCAAUUUUCAGUUCACCUCAGAUUAGCAAAGAACAAAUGGAGAUCGCUCUUCCCAAAGCCCAGCAGAUCGUUUCCUCUAAUCCUGUCGUCGUCUUUAGUAAAACAUACUGUGGAUAUUGCACUAGGGUGAAGCAACUUCUUUCCCAACUUGGUGCUACUUUCAAAGUUAUUGAACUUGACAAGGAAAGUGAUGGAGACGAGGUGCAACAAGCACUACUUGAAUGGACUGGGCAGAGGACUGUGCCUAACGUGUUCAUUGGGGGAGAACAUGUUGGUGGCUGUGACAGCGUAUUAGAGAAGCAUCAACAGGGAAAGCUACUUCCCAUGCUCAAGGAUGCCGCUGCUGUUCCCAACAACCCUGCCAAAGUCUAAAACACAUCUAUACACUGUAGUAGUUAAGCUGAGAAUAAAAAUGAAGUUGAGAAUGCUGCAACUUACUUAACGGCAUCCUCUUCUCUAGUUGGGGUUGUUUAAUAAGGCAUUGGAUUUCAAGUUCCUUUUUCUGCUUUUCCCUUACCUCAGUCUUCUAAACAUUUCCUUCUAGUACUUUUUUCCCUUCUUAACUUACUGCUGCGACAUUACCAUCUGUUCCUAUGGAAAGUAUAUAUUGUAGAUUCGCGUUACGCUUC